CGGAGAUGGAGGCAGACGACGAGAUGGCCGCCGCCGAUGCCGAUGACCAAGAUCCCCAAUCCUCUAAAGAGAACUUGGAGGUGAUGAAGCAGAGGUUGAAGGAGAUCGAGGAGGAAGCUGGAGCCCUGCGAGAGAUGCAUGCUAAGGUCGAGAAGGAGAUGUCUGUUGUUCAAGGUUUGGUUUUCCCCCCUCCCUCUGUUUCUCGUUUUCUAGGGUUUUUGCCGGAGCCGCUUUGUUCGGGAUUAGGGUUUCGGUAGUUGGUGUUUAUAUUC